UGACCCAAAACUCUGCUCUCUUUCAGCCGACAAAGACAUUGACCUUCAAGUCAAUGACAACAAUGAGGCCGUCGUCACGACAACCGCCGCCGCCGUCGGCGCGCGACCGCCGCCCCCGCCCUCCGCCGCCACGACGACGACGACCACAUCGACGCUGGCGGCGCUCCUCAACAACCCGUGUCUUCCGCCGACUCCUCCCUCUUCCAACCAUUCGGGUUCCGACUCCGAGAACGUGUCCUUUCGGAUUUCCGAGAUUCGGCGCAAAUCUGGCGCCAAAACGGCGGUCGCAGGACAACACCAGUCGGCGCCCAAUCACUUGAUUUCCAUUCAGCCGAAGAACGCCAUUCACGGGUCGGCCGUCGUUCUCACGGAAGAGGAGAAGCGCACUCUCGUGGCGGAAGGCUAUCCCAUUCCUCAGCGCUUCCCUUUAACCAAAUCGGAGGAACGGUCGCUGAAGAAGAUUCGGCGCAAAAUCAAAAACAAGAUUUCGGCGCAAGAGUCGCGCCGCAAGAAGAAGGAGUACAUGGAGGAACUGGAGCGCCGCGUACAGGCGCUGGACAGUCGUGUGCGGAGUUUGGAAAACGAGAACAAAGCGUUGAAAAAGGAAAAGGAAAACCAAUUAUUGAAACAAAACUCAAAAUAAGUUUUUUAUUAUAAAAUCUCUAUUUAUUUAAA